CCCACCAACUCCUUACUUGAGUUCUUCGGCCGAAUACAUCCCGAAGGAAAUGCCCUGCAGCCUCCGCCAGGGCAUGUUCUUUGAGCCCAACAUCCUCCAGCCAGUAGCCGAGCUAUUCCCCGCCCUCCCUCUUGGUGAUCCUGAAGGUCGAGGUCACGCUUUCCCAGCAUGCUACGCGAAGAAGCCAAAGAUGGCGGCGAUCGCGACGCGUCGUUGGCUCCGGUUCCGCUGCAAAAUUUGCCUGACCCUAACGGGUCAGCGGGCAGGUCCAUGUGGACAGACCCCCAGUUGCAGAUUUUAUUCUGGAAGUGCAACCGUCCCAAAGGUUGAAGGAGCUAACAUAACAGGGAUUGAAGAAGUGGUCAUUCCGAAAAAGAAAACUUGGGAUAAAGUGGCUGUUCUUCAAGCACUUGCGUCCACAGUGAAUAGGGACAUCACAGCUGCCCCUUACGCAUUUCAGGAUGACCCUUACCUCAUACCAACAUCCUCUGUGGAAUCUCGUUCAUUUUUAUUGGCGAAGAAGUCUGGGGAGAAUGCAGCAAAGUUUAUUAUUAAUUCCCAUCCGAAGUAUUUUCAGAAGGACAUAGCUGAACCUCAUAUACCGUGUUUAAUGCCUGAGUACUUUGAACCUCAGAUUGAAGAUAUAAGUGAAGCAGCCUUGAGGGAAAGAAUCAAACUCAAAAAAGUCAAAGCUUCUGUGGACAUGUUUGAUCAACUUUUGCAAGCAGGAACCACCGUAUCUUUGGAAACAAGUAAUAGUCUCUUGGAUUUGUUGUGUUACUAUGGUGACAAGGAGCCCUCAUCUGAUUAUCAUUUUCAGAAAAGUGAAAAAUCAGAAGAGUUGGAGGAGGCCGCGGAGGAAAAUGAUGAGAAAUCUAAGAAGGCUGAUCAUCAGUUUGGAGUCACAUGGAGGGCAAAAAACAAUGCCGAGAGAAUCUUCGCUCUAAUGCCAGAGAAAAACUCACACUCCUACUGCACAAUGAUCCGAGGAAUGGUGAAGCACCGAGCUCCUGUGCAGGCUUUAAACUUGUACACUGAAUUAUUAAACAACAGACUCCGUGCUGAUGUGUACACCUUCAACGCAUUGAUUGAAGCAACAGCAUUGAGUGUGAAUAAGAAUAUGGAGGACAAAUGGAAUAAUAUACUGGAGUUGCUAAAACAAAUGGCUGCACAGAAGGUGAAACCAAAUCUACAGACAUUUAAUACCAUUCUGAAAUGCCUCCGGAGAUUUCAUGCAUUUGGAAGAUUGCCAGCCUUACAGACCUUUCGUGAAAUGAAAGCCAUCGGAAUAGAACCCUCGCUUGCAACAUACCACUAUAUUAUUCAGCUGUUUUAUCACCAUGAAAACCCUUCAAAAGGAUCAUCGCUCAUAAUCUAUGACAUUAUGAACGAAUUAACAGGACAGAAAUUUUCCCCAAAGGACCCAGAUGACGAUAUGUUUUUUCAGUCAGCCAUGAGAGCUUGCUCGUUUCUCAGAGAUCUAGAACUUGCUUAUCAAGUACAUGGCCUUUUAAACACUGGAGACAACUGGAAAUUCAUUGGACCAGAUCAUCGGCGUAACUUCUAUUAUUCCAGGUUCUUCAGUUUGCUUUGUCUAAUGGAACAAAUUGAUGUCACGUUGAAGUGGUACAAGGACCUGAUACCUUCACAGGUAUUCUUUCCCCAUUCCCAAACUUUGAUAGACCUUCUCCAAGCAUUGGAUGUGGCCAACCGGCUAGAAAUGAUUCCUCAAAUUUGGAAAGAUAGUAAAGAAUAUGGUCACAUUUCUCGCAAUGACCUGAAAGAAGAGAUUCUGAUGCUCAUGGCAAGGGAUCAGCACCCACCAGAGCUUCAGGUGGCGUUUGCUGACUGUGCUGCAGAUAUCAAAUCCACUUACGAGAGCCAGGAUGCCAGACAGAUUGCUCCUGAGUGGCCAGCCAACUGUCUGAACUAUAUAGCUGUCCUCUUUUUAAGGGCUGGCAGAACGCAGGAAGCCUGGAAAAUGUUGGGGCUUUUCAAGAAGCAUAAUAAGAUCCCUGGAAAUGAGUUGUUGAAUGAGUUUAUGGACAGUGCAAAAGCAUCCAGCAGCCCUGCCCAGGCCAUUGAGAUAGUGAAGCUUGCAAGUGCCUUCAGCUUGCCUGUUUGUGAAGGCCUCACCCAGAGAGUGAUGGCUGACUUUGCAAUCAGCCAGGAACAAAAGGAAGCCCUGGGAAACCUAACCUCGGUGACCAGUGAUAGUGACAGCGACAGUGACAGCAAUGAAGGCAAAUAAAAGUGGGCGAAUCAGGAGCAGCUGUGGCCUAGCAUAGUUGUUGUACUUAAACUUGAGAACUGACAUCUCUGUUCAACUGCCUUGUGAAGAAAACAAGAGAAUUCAGACUUGAACUUCAAAGAACAAUAGGUAUAGCAUGGACUAUUUAAAUUCCUAAUUUGAUACUUCCUGAGCCACCCAUUCGGGGUUGACCACUUAAACAGAAGCAGCACUACCAUUUGCUGUGGACACACACAGUGAGGACACGGCUCCUGGCUUCAGCAUAAGCUCUGUGCAUGAGCAGUGUUUGUUCAGCCGACUUCACACUGCUGUCCAGUGUGGUUUGUCUUCGCGUCGUGGACUUGGCCUUCAUGGGCUGAUGCUGUGAUGCUGGUGCUUCCUCAGUCUUCGAGCAGGUGGCUAAAGGAGGUUUGCAAUACAUACAUCUCCAUUGAUACUGGAUCAGUAGCCCAAUUUAAGGGAUAUUUUAGAGGUGAGAAAUUUGCCAUUGUUGUUUAAUCAUUUCUAAGAUGCAUAGUGUUUGGGCUGCACGUAUGGGAAAAUGAAGGCUGUAAAUAAACGCUGUAGUUAAGGUGCA